AUGAUAGUCGGGGACUCCAAAGCGCUUAAUAGUGAGAUGAUCAACACUUUCAUCAACCCAACACCAUGGUUAAAGCUCGAAAAAGAUGUACAUAUCCCCACGCGUACUCACUAUUCUCGAUACGCAGUACGGCAACAGUCAUACAAAAGUGAAGACGCGUUCUUGUUUCUUGUAGGCGUGGACAGCGCGGCGCGGGUCGAAAUCCAAGACCUAGCGAACGAGGUUUCCAGAGCGCGACCAGACGCCCUUUGUUUUCUGGUGGGGACGUCUAAGAACCGUGGAGCACCGCAUGGCGAUGCUGAGUUGGGACGUAUCGCGAAAUUCUUCCUUGAUCUAAGAAUAAAAGUGUUGUAUUGUGAUGUGCAACACCCAAUGAGCGUUGGACAACUGCUCGCACAGGUAGGCUCCAUGCUAGGGGCAUUGAUUCCAUAA